AUGUACACUCCAGCUCUGACAUUCGUUGUGUUGCUGUGGACAAAAGAACUCUUUGUUGCCGGAAACACUUUAAUCAACACAUACGUGGCAGAGAACGGGCAGUCAUACUACAGAACACCCCUGUACUGCUCCUACACGAGCUUGUACUUGGUCAGUCCUUACAACAACAUGCGAAACACCUACGUCAUGACCGACAAUAGAGACUGUUGUUAUCUGGCGGAGUUUCGAGGAAAGUGCUGCGUUCAAACUGAUAGUCAAGGCUUAUACCAAAGCUGUAAAUGUGAUCCAAGCAUCACCUGCAGCACAACAACCACGCCUACUACCACACCUGUGUCGACAACAAUCGCGCCUACUACCACACCUGUGCCGACUACAACUGCAAUUACACCAUUAUGUGGGUCACCGACAUUCAGAAUCCUGUACGGUGAGAAAGCAUCCACCGACUGCCCUAACUCUGGAGUGUUCAACAUCACAUUCCUGAAUGGGUCUCGGUCCUGCUGUAACGCCGUCUACACCCUUGCCACAGUGUACGGGAUCUUCAAACCCACGAUCCUCACCGCAGAAGUCUGCAAGAUUUUCGUAGAACUGUUUAUCACUUCUGACAUCCCGUUAGAAAUCCACAUUGGGAGCCAGAAGUACGACCUCCUGCAGCCCAAUUUUACAGUCGUCAGCGGUCCAGAUGGUUCAGCCUUCAUCGAGGUGGCAGAGAGUUUGAGCUACAUCCUGGAUGAAGUCGGUGACUGCCAAAAGAAUCUCAUAUGUCCUUACAAUGAGGCAACCAUGAAAGGUCGCGUCGACAUGACUCAGUGCAAGAUGUUCAGUUGGGGUUCUUCCGAUUCAAAUGACCUGUCGCAGAAUGGACUCAACCAGGUUUCCUUGACGAUCAACAAUGGAGGAUGUCAAGACAAUCCAGAUCAAUCCAGCAACAGCACUUUGUGUUUCAAAUCUCAGAGCGGCAAGAACGUCAUGUGUUCGAACGACAGUGGGGCCCCUGUCUAUUGUAAGGCCCUGGAGACAGAAGAGUGGAUUCUCAUGGGAGUCACCGGCUUACAGAGAGAAUGCGACAACACUCCAGAGAUCACCGUCAUACCAUAUCCUGGUUGA